CAUAUCGUCAUCAGACGCCGUAGGGUUGGAAUGCCUCUGUGUGAGAUCCAGAACAACUCACCAAACAUUUUUUUACAAUUGGGAUAUGUUACGGAUAUGUUUCUUUAAAAUGUUCCAAAAAAUGUAUAACAAUAAUUUCCCGACGCUUCAAAAGACUGAGUUGUCUUUCCUUGGACUAGGAGAGUAAAUCAGAGAGAAAGAGUGUUGUGAAUGCUGCUAAAUCGAAUUGCUUUCAACUUAUUUAUUGAAUUGCAGAAAUUCAUAUGGCGAGAUAGAAGGCGAGAUAGAAGGCGAGAUAGAAGACAUUAUGUUAUAUCGUUCGUUUGGACCAUGGAGUAGUCCAACGCGGACCGUUAUAAUGUGAGUCCUGAAUCUCUGGAUGUUUGGGCAAGCUAGCCAAGUUGGCUACAUUCUUAUCACCCUGUGUAGCUGGCUAGAAAAUUGUGAUUGUGUGCUGCUGGAGCGUUAGGCUACAAAGCAAGAAAGUGUCAGUGAAAAUACCUGCUUCUUUUUCAUACAGGCAGAUGAAACACUGAAGAUGAAUCCGCUAAUAGCAUAAAGAAAUGUAAGGUCCGGGUGCAUUUUCAAUCCCUAACUUACCAGGAAGGUAGUCUACUCUUAAGUGCUGGAAGAUAGCCACUGUUCGCCAUAACUAUUAACAAGGGGAUAAGUAAAUGAUCAUUAUAAAUCGCCCACAUGCGCUGGAUCAAUCGUCGGCUUGGGGAAAGGAAUCAGAAGGUGGUGGACGUGUUGAGCGCUAAACCCUUCCUGGCUGGGGGAAGAUGGCGCAGCCGUUCAAUUGGAAGUAGUGGCGAGAGGAGUGAAACUUCAUCGGGGCUCGUUGGAUUUACUAGACAUCUCGACCCUGAUCGAAGGACACAUGCAGGCCAAAAAACGGUACUUAAUUCUGUUCUCCGCCGGUGCGUGUCUCAUUCUGUUGUUGUACUUUGGAGGGAUGCAAACCCCGCUAUCCAAAAGCAACAACCGGCGUGAUGACCGCAGCCUCGAUGGACACCACGGGAGUCCCCAGUGGCACCACUUCUCGGGGUCUCUACAACCGUUCAGCCCCUGGGACCAAAUGGAGACCGAGGAGUACAACGUUCACAUAUCGCCACGACAGAAGAGGGAUGUCAUUUCGGGAGUUUAUAACGGGAAACGUUGCCGGAUGGACUCCUGCUUUGAUUUUUCCUUGUGCAAAACCAACGGAUUUAAAGUUUACGUUUACCCGCAACAGAAAGGAGAGAAGAUGUCCGAGAGUUAUCAGAAUAUUUUAUCUUCCAUUGAGGCUUCCAGGUUCUAUACGUCUGACCCGGGACAGGCUUGUCUAUUUGUCCUGAGUUUGGACACUCUAGACAGGGACAUUCUGUCUCCGCAGUAUGUUCACAACCUCAGAACUAAAGUCCAGAACUUGCAUCUGUGGAAUAACGGAAAGAAUCACCUCAUCUUUAACCUCUAUUCGGGGACUUGGCCCGACUACACGGAAGAUCUGGGCUUCGACUUUGGACAGGCCAUGCUAGCCAAGGCAAGCAUCGGCACAGAGAACUUCAGACCCAAUUUCGAUGUCUCCAUCCCUCUUUUUGGGAAAGACCACCCCAGCGCCGAAGGGGAGAGGGGCUAUUUAAAAUACAACUCUAUCCCACCGUACAGGAAAUACGUGCUUGUGUUCAAAGGGAAACGAUACCUCACUGGAAUCGGAUCAGACACGAGGAAUGCAUUAUAUCACGUCCAUAACUCUGAGGACGUGGUGCUGCUCACCACGUGUAAACACGGGAAAGACUGGCAGAAGCACAAGGAUGCCCGCUGUGACCUCGACAACGCCGAAUAUGACAAACAUGAUUACAGAGAGAUGCUUCACAACUCUACCUUCUGUCUGGUUCCCAGAGGACGACGCCUGGGAUCCUUCCGCUUCCUGGAAGCACUGCAGGCUGCCUGUGUACCUGUGAUACUCAGUAACGGCUGGGAGAUGCCCUUCUCGGAGAUCAUCCACUGGAACACAGCAGCUGUGAUCGGGGACGAACGACUGCUACUUCAGAUUCCGUCUACGGUGCGUUCCAUUCACCAGGACAACAUCUUGUCUCUCAGACAGCAGACCCAGUUCCUGUGGGAGGCCUACUUCUCUUCUGUAGAGAGGAUAGUACUCACAACACUAGAGAUCAUCCAUGACCGGGUGCUCCAGCAAGCAGCCCGUAGUAACCUGAUGUGGAACAGUCUUCCCGGAGGUCUCUACUCCCUGCCUCAGUACUCCUCAUACCUGGGAGACUUCCCUUUCCACUAUGCUAAGCUAGGUAUCAAGCCUCGUCCCAAGUUCACGGCGAUCAUCCAUGCUGUGACUCCCCUGGUCUCCCAGUCUCAGCCCAUCCUCAAGCUACUGGUGGCUGUCGCCAAGUCCCAGCACUGUGUCCAGGUGAUCAUCCUAUGGAACUGUGACAAGCCCCUCCCGGCCAAACACCGCUGGCCUGCCACCGCCGUACCUGUCCUGGUCAUAGAUGGAGAGAGCAAGGUGAUGAGCAGUCGUUUCCUGCCCUAUGACACAAUACCAACAGACGCCGUUCUGAGUCUGGACGAGGAUACAGUUCUCUCUACUACUGAGGUGGACUUUGCUUUCACGGUGUGGCAGAGUUUCCCAGAGAGGAUUGUGGGAUACCCGGCCAGGAGUCAUUUCUGGGACAGCAACAAGGAGAGGUGGGGUUACACCUCCAAGUGGACCAACGACUACUCUAUGGUCCUGACAGGAGCUGCUAUAUACCACAGAUAUUACCACUACCUGUAUACCAGUUACCUGCCGGCUAGUCUGAGGGGCCUGGUGGACCAGCUGUCGAACUGUGAAGACAUCCUGAUGAACUUCCUGGUGUCAGCCGUCACCAAGCUGCCGCCCAUCAAGGUCACCCAGAAGAAACAGUACAAGGAGACUAUGAUGGUGCAGACCUCCAGAGCGUCCCGGUGGGCCGACCCAGACCACUUUGCCCAGCGACAGAGCUGCAUGAAUAAGUUUGCCAGCUGGUUUGGCAGCAUGCCCCUGGUGCACUCUAAUAUGCGUCUGGACCCGGUGUUGUUUAAAGACCAGGUGUCCAUACUGAGAAAGAAAUACAAGGACAUAGAGAGACUAUAACCAGCCUGAUCCUCUGUGUCUCCAUGGUGGAGUGGGGAGGGACAGAGAGAGACUAGAACCAGCCUGAUCCUCUCUGUCUUCAUGGUGGAGUGGAGAGAGACAGAGAGAGACUAUAACCAGCCUGAUCCCCUGCUGCCCCCUAGAAGGACAGGAGAGUAGUGGGAUGGGAGACACACAGAGACCCUCCCAGAGAGAAGAGAGGAACAGGAGAAGAAACGAGAGGAGAGGACAGGGCGCUGUGGAGCCAGGACGCCACGGUUGACCCUCCCAGAGAGAAGAGAGGAACAGGAGAAGAAACGAGAGGAGAGGACAGGGCGCUGUGGAGCCAGGACGCCACGGUUGACCCUCCCAGAGAGAAGAGAGGAACAGGAGAAGAAACGAGAGGAGAGGACAGGGCGCUGUGGAGCCAGGACGCCACGAUUGACCCUCCCAGAGAGAAGAGAGGAACAGGAGAAUAAACGAGAGGAGAGGACAGGGCGCUGUGGAGCCAGGACGCCACGGUUGCGUCUUCCACCCACACUCUCCAUCCUUGUACGCUGUUGCUGGUGCCAACAGUGGUAACCGUGACAGGCUGUAUUUUGGUAGGAGCUGUACACAGACAGAAAACUAGUUCAUGCACAAAUGACAACAUGGACGUCUGGGGGUUCCAUGUUCUUCCCUCCCUCACAAGACCUGGUGAACCACUAUAAUCCCACAGCCCUCGCCUAGUCAGCCCCCACUAUAAUAACAAUAUAUACUAUCUAACAUAACCUUUUAUGCAAAGACACAAACAUUUUACUUCUGGGUGGUCCCAGGAAUCAAACCCACACUAUCAAGACGAACACCCACAGUCAUCAAUAAAGACUCUCUUCUUUGUCCAUCUUCAACUGUCAUUCACAUUAACAUGAUCAGAUUGAUUUGAGUUGACACACAUUCAUCAUCUUUAGAGUUAAAAGGACACUAAGGGGGUUUUGGCAUCUACUGACCCAGAGUCAGAUGAGGUCCUUUAUCUACUGACCCAGAGUCAGAUGAGGUCCUUUACCUACUGACCCAGAGUCAGAUGGUCUCCUUUAUCU